UCAAUAGCUUACUGCAACUUUCUACAUUUCAAGUAGUUUAAAAUAACAGCAUUUUCUUAUAGAGAAUUUUUAUGUAGAUUCUCAUAGAAAUACAGGCUUUGAAGAUUUAUUUUCUGGAUUUAAAUCUAAAUCUAAAAUGAAUGGCUGCUGCCUUUCUCUGGUUAUAGUGUCACUUGUUUCACUUUUACUUCAUUUCUCUGCUGCUGGUCAUUUUUGGACAUCUGGAAGAAACAGCCAUUUUUGCUUCUGGACUAACUCUAUCUCCAAUGGACAGACACAUUAUAUGUUCCUUCACCAGACUACAGUGGGCAAAGAGAGAUCUCUUGUCUUAUUUGACAGUAUCUGGAACAAGAAUAACAGCCUGGUGGAGUGUAUUACAAGCAACAAGCAUGCUGUUAUUAAAAGCUUUUCAUCACAGUGCUGGAAAGCCAGAGACAGGCUUUUCUCAGACAUUCCAGACGGACGCUUUAACAUCAGCAUGUUGAUUGAACCUGAUGGCCCCUGUGUAGAUGUGGGACAUUUGCCGGAACUGAAAGCGCCUGUGCGCAGGACCAGAGACGUUGAAAAUAUAGACCGCAGAACUAUUUACCAGAACAAUGGAGAAAGUUUCCAAAAGCUGAAGCGUUCAAAGCGGGCAUGGAUGAUUCCAGGCACACUGUGGUGUGGCUCUGGGAACAAAGCAUCUGAUUUUUCAGAUUUAGGUUUAUUUGAGGAGACUGAUAAGUGCUGUAGGGAGCAUGACCACUGUGAACAGACCAUUGCGUCCUUUGAGUUUGGUUUUGGCAUUUUCAACAGUAACUUCUUCACUUUAUCACACUGUGACUGUGAUAGCAAAUUUCGCCGCUGCCUUCAUAAAGCCAGUGAAAGAAUGUCUGACAUGGUAGGCUAUGGCUACUUCAAUGUCCUCAAGAUGCGGUGCUUUGAAUUUUCACAGAGAAUGGAGUGUGCAGAGAGGACAUGGUGGGGCAUGUGUAAACACAGUCACAUGACUACCUAUGCUCUAUUGAGAGACGCAACUGAGUACAAUUCCACAUUCUCAGUAGUGGAAGAUGAUAAACUGGAUCUAAGCAUCCAUCACACAGUGUUGUUUGGCGAUCUAACAGCUACUAAUGACUUGGUAAUGUCAUCUGACAUUGUCACUGAAGAUGCCAAUGAAAAGCAUUCAUCAGUGACAGUACCACAAUGGCUAUCUGUUACAGUUAAUAGAUCUCAGCAGCGUAAACUUCAUGGGAAAACAGUAAAUACACAUACAACAGACUCAUCCAAAACAGACAAAACAUACUCAGAGGUGACACAAACAGACUCACCAAUAACACAAACAACAGAUGCCCCAAAUCCAGGAACAAUAUACUCACCAAAAAUAGGAACAACAGACUCAACAAGCUCAGAAACAACCGGCUCACCAAAGACAGAAGCAACAGACUCAACAAGCCCAGAAACAACCGGCUCACCAAAGACACAAACAACAGACUCACCAAAAACAGAAGCAACAGACUCAACAAGCCCAGAAACAACCGGCUCACCAAAGACACAAACAACAGACUCAACAAGCCCAGAAACAACUGGCUCACCAAAGACACAAACAACAGACUCACCAAAAACAGAAGCAACAGACUCAACAAGCCCAGAAACAACCGGCUCACCAAAGACACAAACAACAGACUCAACAAGCCCAGAAACAACCGGCUCACCAAAGACACAAACAACAGACUCACCAAAAACAGAAGCAACCGGCUCACCAAAGACACAAACAACAGACUCGCCAAAAACAGAAACAACAGACUCAACAAGCCCAGAAACAACCGGCUCACCAAAGACACAAACAACAGACUCACCAAAAACAGAAGCAACAGACUCAACAAGCUCAGAAACAACCAGCUCACCAAAGACACAAACAACAGACUCGCCAAAAACAGAAGCAACCGGCUCACCAAAGACACAAACAACAGAUUUACUAAAGACCCAAACAAGAGACUUACCAAAAACAAAAACAACAGCCUCAUCGAAACCACAAACAACAGUUUCACCAAAGAUGCACCACUAUCCUGAUAUGCACACAAAUCAAAAAGGUAAACUGGACAUCUGUGAGAGUUAUAAAGACCUGGACUCCUGUCGUUAUCAGAUACCUGCACUGCGGGAGAAAUUUGGUCUGCGCAAUACUGAACACACCACCAUGUACCACUGCAACUGUACAGCCAGACUUGCCAGAGAGCUGGCUGAAGAGGAUGAAGCUGACAUGGUCCAUUUCUGGCUGCUGGACUUUGUGUCUCAGUCGUGCUUCUUAUUGCCUCAGAACUGCACUGGGACUGAAAGUUGCUCCGCCUCCUCUUCUCAUGACGCGCCUGUCAUCGAGCGCUGGAGCAAAGGCGCGGCCGUCUGGCGACAUCUAGCGGCUCCGAGGCGCAAAGCCAAGCGAUUCAACAACAAACGGUCCAAGAGGAAAGACUCUCGAAUCCGAAUGCACAAAAAGUGUCUGAGGAUGCACUCCAAGCUCCAUAGAACAAAAACGUUUAAGAGAAAAGAAAUACAGCAGCUGUACAGUAAAUGAUGUUACGAGGCCGUCCGGCAUGCAUUCACUUGCUGUAA